AUGGCAUAUUGCGCCAGGCGCACUUUCGCAUUGGCUGCUAGGCUUGAGCGAGAUACCAUUUCAAGCCCCCAGAAACUCCCAUACGGUGUGCGCCUCAUUCAAACAUCUCAACAACCAGAGAAUGUAGAAUGGGUGGAACUUGCCAAAGAAAGAAUGAGAAGACAAGCAGUGAUCGAAUACUUUUCUAAAUUAGGGUCUACCAAAAAUCGAAAUACCUCGUUCCAACCGCACCACACUCUCCACAAGCCCACACCACCCACUGACCUCACCAUGUCCGCUCUCGUCGCCGCCGGUGCACAUCUCGGAAGCUCCUCUGAAUCCACUCGGCCUACUUUCCUUCCUUACGCAUAUGGUCAUCGCGCUGGUAUCACGAUCAUUGAUUUGGACACCACGCUCCCCCUGUUAAGGAGAGCAUCUAAUGUCGUGCGUGAGGUCGCCAAAAGCAAAGGGCUUAUAUUAUUUGUUGGCACAACUGAGGACCUUGCACCAUGUGUCCGAAAAGCAGCUCAGCGACUGGGCUCACAAGGAUUUCAUGUGGGAACCACAUGGAAACCCGGGACUCUCACUAACUCUUGGGAGCUAUUUGGAUCAGACACGAUGAUGAACCUCAACACGACUCCUGACCUUGUCAUAUUUAUGAAUCCGCUACAAAAUUUACACGCCAUCCGUGAAUGCGCAAUCUCGCGCAUACCUACGAUUGGCAUUAUCGACUCUGACGUGGACCCUCGUGUCGUAAUGUACCCUAUUCCUGCAAACGACGAUAGCAUCCGGACUGCAGAAUUGAUCGCAGGCGUCUUGAGUAUGGCCGGAAAAGAAGGGAUUGAACGAGCUGCGGCGGAGAGAGCCUUUGCACAGAGUCAAAGUCGGAGGGCACGACCAGAGGGGGCGGAGGAAGAAGAAUGA